GAUUUACUCUAAAAUUAAAUAAAACUAAAGAGAAAAAUUUACAAAUGGAAACUGAGGGAAGAGUCUGGAAAAGACAAAAACCAUAGCCGAUGGACAGCGGAAGAUGGAGGAGAGGGGCGGUGUCUCGUGGAAUGCUGCCGUUGUUGGCUCUUCACGCCGUCAACGAAUAUUACAGGCUGCCAUGGAAGCCGCCGGUCACCGCCGGUCUUCUCGCCGCCAACACUCUGAUUUAUCUCAGGCCUUCGUUCCUAGAUUCUCUCCUCCCUUUUGUUGAUGAGGUUUGGUUCAAUCCUCAUCUUAUUCUCAAGAACAAAGAUAUGAAACGCUUCUUCCUGUCGGUAUUCUACCAUGUCGAUGAAUCUCACCUGGUCUACAAUAUGAUGUCCCUCUUAUGGAAGGGGAUCCAAUUGGAAACUUCAAUGGGGAGCACCGAGUUUGCGUCUAUGGUUGUUGCGCUGCUUGGUUUGUCACAAGGUAUCACGCUGCUAUUAGCCAAAUCCCUACUCGUCUUCUUUGAUUACGGGAGACCUUAUUACUCUGAAUACGCCGUUGGAUUUUCGGGUCUCCUGUUUGCCAUGAAAGUUGUCCUCAACUCUCAUUCAGAAAACUUCACUAAUGUGCAUGGACUUAUCGUACCAGCUCGUUAUGCGGCAUGGGCUGAAUUGAUUCUUAUCCAAAUGUUUGUCCCUCGUGUCUCGUUUCUUGGUCACCUCAGUGGUAUAUUUGCUGGGAUUCUCUAUUUGAAAUUGAAGGGUUCGUAUUCUGGUCCGAACCCAUUGACUACAAUAAUCAGAGAGCUCACCGGUCUGUUAAGGUGGCCUGUGAGAUUUAUAAGGAGCUCAUUCCGGUUAAGGGGACGAAGAAUCUUAGGCCGGGGAACUGUUGGUGGAGGUGAGAGAAGAAGCUUAUCUGGUACAUGGAGAUGCCAAGCUUGUACAUAUGAUAACUCUGAUUGGUUAAGUAAUUGUGAGAUGUGUGGAACAAGUCGAAGGAGUGAGAGCGGUGGGUUCUUGCGGCAAGUAUCUCCCCGUUCUCGUGAUCUUUCUUUGGAAGAAUUACGGCGUCGAAGAGUUGAGAGAUUUGGUUAACACUUGAUGGUCCAAAAUUUAGUUUGAUAUAUGUAGAUGAAAGGCUUUGUAUUACAGAAACAGAAGAUUGCAUUACAAUUGCACAAAGUUUUAGCAA